AUGCCACCAGCAGGCGCAUCGUUCACCCCAUUAAACCUACCUCCCACAUUCACCCUCCCCCCCUGUCUAGAGUACUUUACGCUCACCGCCGGACCCAACACCGACCUCUGGCGCAAGCCACCCAACGGGGAUGUGUCGACCGCACCCAUCGUGUUCACCUCGCUGCGCCGCGCCUUCGUGCUAGCCGAGGUGACCGUCAGCGCCGACUGGGAGAUGGAGUGGGACCAAGGGGGACUGGUGAUCUUUGCGGGGGCGGCCCCUCGAUCGUUCUCGUCGGAUGCGACGGGGCGGACCACCCCCCGGCUAGGCGGCGGAGGGAUGGCACGCCCCGGCAAAUGGGUCAAAGCCGGGAUGGAGUUCUGCUCGGGCACCGUCCACGCCUCGUCGGUGAGCGCCACCGCCGACGGCGCCGACUGGUGCCUUUCACCGCUUUGCGUGCCGGAGCCGCGGGGGGGUGGCAGACGGAUGCAGUCGCUGCGGAUCAAGCUGGAGCGGAUCGGACAUGCGCUCUGGAUCUGGUACCAGGUUCCGUCGGCGGUCCCGACGGCCAUGACGAGGACGCCCGGGGCGGUUAGUAGCACGUGGAAGAAGCUGCGCGAGGUGACCUGGUUCUUUUACGGGGUGGAGGAGAAGUUUGUGCACGUGGGGGUGUACGCGAGUCGACCGAAUGGGGUGGCGGGGAGGGAUGAAGCCAUGUGGACGAUGCAUGGAGGGGAAACGGAGGGAUUGGUGGUGGAGUUUGAAGAUUUGGAGAUUUUUUGA